CCGGAUGUGGGUGACGCUUGGCCGCCAUCUUCCCUUGGCGGGGUUGCCCACCAGCGAUCCCCCCUGCAUUCCCACCCGACCGCCUCCGCCGCCGCCGCCAUGUCCGCUCCUGCUGCCACCGCCCCCCCUGUUGCUCCGGCCGGGGAGGGGGGCCCACCGGCCGCCCCCCCAAAUCUCACCAGUAACCGCAGGCUGCAGCAGACCCAGGCCCAGGUCGAUGAGGUGGUGGACAUUAUGCGGGUGAACGUAGACAAAGUCCUGGAGCGGGACCAGAAGCUGUCGGAGCUGGAUGACCGGGCCGACGCGCUCCAGGCCGGGGCCUCCCAGUUUGAGACCAGCGCGGCCAAGCUCAAGCGCAAGUACUGGUGGAAAAACCUCAAGAUGAUGAUCAUUCUGGGAGUGAUAUGCGCCAUCAUCCUCAUCAUCAUCAUCGUUUACUUCAGCUCCUAAGCCCUGGGUGGAGUCGCCUCCGCCCCCCCCCCACACACUCCCUGCUCCUAAGAGGGGUCCUGCCCACCCCCCCUCCCCGCCAGCCCUCCAUCCGAAGGCCCCAUCCCCGUCCCCCCCACUCAGCCAUAUCUUCCAGCCCCCUCGCCCCGGGGCCCUGGGGUCUGUGUGUGCGUGUGUGUAUGUGUGUGCGUGCGUGUGUGUGUCCGCGUAUGUCUUCCUGCCCGACACCCACCCCCCCCCCCCGCCCCCUGUAAAUAGUCAGGUUGUUAUUUAUACAUAUAUAAUAUUAUAUAUAUUUGGUCUGUUUGUAGUUUUAUUACUAGGAGAUUUUUCCGGUUGUUCUUAAGUCCCCUGACCCGAGCCCUCCUCCCGCCCCACCCUGGACCCCCUCCAGCCCCCUCCCUCAUUUUACAUCCCAUCUGCAUAGACUAUGCAACCCUUCUACUCUGACCUCCCCCACCACCCCCCGGCCACCCCAGAUUUGGCUCCGACGCUGGGACCCGAGCCCCCGUCCCCCCGCCCAGAAUAUCCCUGUUGCCAGCAAUAGCCGAGGCCCCGCAUCUGUUCCGUCCAGUCGCCCCCGGACGGCCUUCCAGCCUUCCUCCCGAGCUCCUUCCUCCCAGUGCCCUCCCCCCAGCCACCCACCCACCCACCCACCUCAGUGGUCGUCCUCCUCCCAACCUGACUCGCUUCCCCAACCUCUCCCCGCUAUCUCGAGCGCCCAGUCCGUUCCCCGUCUCCCCCAGCCCGGGAGCCCCGGGUGGGACGGGGGCCCUGCCCGACCCGCUGAGCUCGUAUCUCCCCCGAUUCCCCCAGCGUUUAGCACAGUGCACACUGCACACAGUUCCCAACUCCUGGAGCACUCCCACUGACUCCUGUUCCCCUUGGCCGGGGGGGGGAUGGAGACUCCUGGGUCAUGCCCCCUCACCACCUCCAUCCCAUCAUCCUCUGACCUCCCAACCCCCCGCCUUCAGCCUCAUGAUCCCCUUUCCACCUCCGGCAAAAUGUCCCCAAUCCACCCCUCCCAGGGCCACUGUCUGUUCCUCUCCAACUUCUCCACUGUCAACCCCCUUUCCCCCAGCUGGUGUGUUUUAAGUGUCUUGCAGUUGUCAAUGGACCAAUUAUCUCCACCCUCCUCCUCCUCUUCUUCCUCUUCCAGAGGGCUGAGUAACUCUCCCCUGCCGAUAUGCACCCCCCCCCCACCAAUCCUGUCGGGUUUGGGGAGGGGCUCUGACAUUCCCGAGCAGGGGGAAUUUGGGGGGUCUCCUUAGCGGGCCCUCCUGCCCCGGGUACAUUCCACGUCCCGUUUCCCGGGGGUGGCCUCCACGGGCCCGACACUGCCGAGGAGAGCCCCAGCUCGCCCGCCCCCCCACCCCACCUCCACUCCCGGUUUUGGAGAGCAGCAGUCACUGCCCAGUUCCCCCCCACCCUCCAAACUGGGGGUGGGGAAGGGGACCAAGAUGGGGCGACGGAGUCACUGCCAAGGGGGGAAGGCCGAGCUGUAGGGGUGGAUCAAGGGCAGGUAACUUCCAGGCUGAGGGAAUAGAAGUGGGGGGGGGAAUAGGGUCACUGUCUCUUUAAAUGGUCAAAUUUCCGGGGGUCCGGAUGGGGGGCCGGGGGGCAUGACCCCUUCUGAGUCUUACAAUCAGGGGGUCACUGCUGCUCCUCCUAAUUCACCCCUAACCCAGGGAAGAGAUACCUCCCGUUGGGGCCCCGGGUUGGGGCGGUUGGCCCCGGGGGGGUCCUGACUCCCUUGGGCCUCCUCCCUCCCCUCCCCCAGACCACCCCGGGGCCCGUUCUCCUUCAGCCCACCCUGCCCCUCCGUCUGCUCCCGUGCCCCCCGGUUCUCUGUGGCGCGUCCAGAUUGGUUUAUGCUGUGAAAAUGUACAAUAAAUGUGUUGCGAGAAUCCAA